AUGAAGCGGCAGUCGGACGGGUGGGUUAAUGCGACACAUAUUCUGAAAGUAGCUAAUUUCGACAAACCUCAAAGAACGAGGAUUCUCGAACGAGAAGUACAGAGAGGCACUCAUGAAAAAAUCCAGGGUGGUUAUGGAAAGUAUCAGGGUACCUGGGUCCCAUUAGAACGAGCGCGAGCCGUGGCCGAACAGUAUAAAGUUCUUGAGAUUUUGGAGCCACUGUUCGCUUAUUCACCUUCUGACACCGAUCCAACUCCAUUUGCUCCAAGACACACCUGGAAGAGCCGGUCGACAAAUGGUGCGGCCGGUCGAGGAGGUGGUGUGGCAGGUACCCCAAGUGGACGAGCCGAUUUCACUCCAAUAACCGCCAGACGAGGAGCCAGUCGUCAAAGUAGUAGUGCAAGUGCCAGUAAUAUUGCUGAUGCUGGUAUUGAGGAUACUUCGUUAGUUGAUAAUGGUUUAAAACGCCCAUAUCGUGUACUAUCUUCAGGUAGAGGAGGAGCCAAUAAUGGAGGUGAUGGUCAAGGUGCGGUAGAAGGUAACAUGCUAGCACCUCCAGUGAAGAAGCGAAGAGGUCGGCCUCCAUCGUCGUCAUCAGCCUCUUUAGCUAAAAGAUCUGACUCUGGACCAAGAAAGUUUCACUAUGGUAUCCCCCCUAGUACUCCCAAACAAAAUAUCAUUUCAUCAAAAUCUGUCAACAGUGCUCGCUACGACGGUAAUAACGAGACUCUUUCUCCAGAAUCGUCAUCAAUCUCAUCACGAUCUUCAUCACCAUCGGAUUUUAUGUCGGAGUCAGAUAUUGAUGCAGCCCUGACGAAUGGUGUUGAUACUCCCAGUGCCAGAAACGCAAUUUUGGCCUCAAAGCGACGGACGCCAAGUAUGAUUACAGAUAGUCCCCAGUUUAAUUAUAACGGCUAUGAGCAACGACAGUAUACUAUCCCCGAUAGAUAUCAGGAUUCGCCUCAACAGUCGAUGAGUGGUGCCGGUAAUCAUUCCAUGCUCCACUCAUCCAUUCAACCACACCACCAGAACUUACAACAUCAACAAGCUGAACAUCAGCGACAGAUGCAGCAGCAGCAUCCACAACAGGGACACCAACGAAACAUUUCUACAGCAUCCACUUCAAGCGAGAUGCUGUCUACAAUGUAUAGCAACCGACUGCUUGACUAUUUCACAUCAAUCGAUGAGGCCGAAAUUCCACAAUUCCUUAUUAACCCACCACCAGAAUUUAAAAUUAAUCAAGUUAUUGAUGACGAAGGCCAUACUGCGUUCCAUUGGGCCUGCUCAAUGGGUGACUUGAAAAUCAUUGAAGUUUUGUUACAGGCAGGUGCAAAUAUAAGCGCCACCAAUUUUGCCGAACAAACGCCACUAAUACGAUCUAUUUUAUUCACCAAUAACUACGACCGACGGACAUUCCCCAAAGUAGUUGAUCUACUACGCGAUACUAUCCUGUAUGUGGAUUCACAUAAACAGACAGUUCUUCAUCACAUUGCUUCCACCACGUCGUCAAGAUCCAAGCUGUCAUCAACCAGAUAUUAUACUGAGAUUAUUCUUGCUAAGCUAUUAGAAAUUAAGAGCUUGCAAGUUGUCACGGAUUUCGUUAAUCUUCAGGAUGAGAAUGGUGAUACUGCUCUUCACAUAGCUGCUAGAAAUGGAGCUCGGAAGUGCGUCAAAGUGCUAUUCCACUAUAAUGCUCGUGCUGACAUUGUGAAUAAUAAUGGACGAACGACGCAGGAGUAUAUUUCCGAAUAUGAAGCGCAGCGACAACAGCUACUUAAGCAAGCGGAUGGUUUGGUCCAAGUUAAAUCAAAUACCUUGCCCGGCCAAAUUUCCAGUAAUGGACAAGCGGCCGUGAAUGGGUAUGGUCAGUCAAAUGGGACUCCUUCGAACAAAUAUAUGCUGGGUAAACCUAAUUCCAAUCGUGAACUUAAUGCCGCUCCAUCACAGUUCGAUUCGAAUUAUCGAGAUAUCAAUGGGUCUGGUUCUGGAGAGGCUAAUGGAAAUGCAAAUGGAACGGUGUAUCCUGCUAUCGGUAAUCCUCAUGUUUCUGAGGUUGCAAUUUCUGCAACUCAAAGAGUGGCACCAUCAAUUAUUGAAGGACUUGAAGAACUUGCACUGGCGUAUGAUUCGGAAUUACAAGAAAAAGACAGCGACAUUGAACAAGUUCGACAUUUGCUGGAAAGCAUGAAACGAGAGAUUACUGAGACCGAGAAUGCCAUUGAAGAGAUUGGGGAACUGCCAGGAGAUGAGCAAGUUGUUCAAGCUCGUCUUCAACAGUCAAAUGAGCUGGUUAAUCAAAGAGCUAUGCAUUUGCGUAAACUACUUGAACGAACACAAUCUCGUGACCUGGCAAUGCUUGUUCAAGCUGAAGAAGAUCGAGCUGGCGCCGAAUUGCAAACCAGAGAGCCUACUCUCAAUGGAACUGCUACCACGGCUCCUUCUGAAGUGGACCCCAAAGAAGAAGUCUUAUCUCUUGCGUCUACUCUGGCUGACCUUCAAAAGCGUCGUGGAAAGCUUGUAGAUGAAAUUGUUGAACUUUGCGCAAGUGCUGGUGCUGGAGAAAAGAUGAACGAUUAUCGUCGCUUGGUCUCACUUUCGUGCGGUGUUAAAGUGGAAGAGAUUGAUGAGCUUCUUGACGGAAUCGCUCAAGCUCUUUUGGCUGACGGAGGUGGCAGCGACGGAGACGACUAA